CUCGUGUCCAUUGGGCUUAAAAAUGUCAGUAAUAAAAAUCCUUGUUUAAACGUAAUUAUAUUAUUACCCAUUGUUUGUACCAUCCAUCACGCACUCUCACCAAAGACCAUGCCAUCGAAUGCCUCAAUAUGCACAACCGUCUACAGCUGCCACACGACAUCUCUGACCCAAUUUCUCACCUUUUGAACCAGCUCCCAACCCGACCUCUGAAACAACGCAACAAAGCUUCCGUCAACUGGAGUACAACAUGGCCCAUCAUUCAGCUGUUACUUUUCGAAGUCGACUACUUCAACAUGAGAAAGUACCUCCAAUCCCGUCAGAAAGUUUAGGACAGCUCUUUUUAGAUUGGCUCUAUGCGCCCACAAC